AUGUCUCCUACUUGUGCUUUCUCAUCUUUGGUUGGGUUUGCUGAGCAACAAGAGAGUUGGAAAAAUGAGGAGAGGGUGGAUCGAGAUCAGAACAAGAAGGCCCGAUCGGCGGGUGGUUUCAGUGGUAAUAAUUAUAAGGGAGGGCAGAGUAAAGGGUAUUCUGCACCUGCUCAGUCUGGCACUUAUUCCCAUGCUAGUGUGCCUUCUGGUAGGCAAGGCCAGAAAAAUAAUAAUAAUAGUAAGUUUUCGCAGGGAAGUAGUCGUCCGCCAGUGUGGGAAGAGCGUAUCUAUCAUCAUUGUGGGAUUAGAGGCCACAUUAAGAGGGAAUGCAGAAAGUGGCUACGUGAGAUGGCUGCUAUGAAUAGCCAAAAGAAUGAUUCGCCUGUUUUUGUAUCUGCUAAAAAUCCGCCUGCUGGUAAUGCUAACAAUAAUAAUCAGAAUGCUCGUAAUAAUGGCAAGGGAAAGGAAGUUGCUAAUACUUCUGGUGGAGGGACAACUCGACUUUAUGGGCUGACUCGUAGGGAGGCAGCUGAGGCUUCUGACGCUGUGGUUACAGUGUAUAGAAAUUGUGUUGUUGUGAUCAAGGGACGUAAGACCAUGGCUGAUUUGUAUGAACUUGAGAUGGUGGAUUUUGAUGUAAUUAUGGGGAUGAACUGGUUGUCCGCAUGUUAUGCUAAUGUGGAUUAUCGCCAUAAGUUAGCUCAUUUCGCCUUUCCUAAUGAGCCUGUUAUUGUGUGGGAGGGUGAAAUUGCUAAACCAAGGGGUAGAUUUAUUUCCUAUCUUAAAGCUCAUAAGAUGAUCACUAAGGGAUGUAUUUACCAUUUGGUUGUUGUUAUUGAUACAAAAGCCCUAGUACCCGAAUUUGCAUUUGUUCCCAUAGUUAGUGAUUAUCCCAAAGUGUUUCCCAAAGAUCUUCCUAGUAUUCCUCCUGAUAGAGUUAUUGAUUUUGGGAUUGAUGUUAUUCCUAACACCCAACCUAUUCAUAUCCCACCUUAUUGUAUGGCUCCAGCAGAGCUAAGGGAGUUAAAGAAUCAAUUGAAGGACUUGUUGGAUAAAGGUUUCAAGGCUUCAUCUUGUUGUUUGUUAGAAAGAAAAAGGACCAAGUUCCUCACCUUAAGGGUCCUUUCUAGGUCUUGUUUGUUAGAAGAAGGAUGGUUCCCUUAG